UGGAAGCUGCAGGCGGCGGGUGACCCCCUGACAUCAUGUCAUUCGGCUGAGACCCACCCCAGCGAGCUACCUGCGCGACACCCCAGAUCCAGACGGAGAUCCCUCACCAUGAAGGUCACACGUUUCUCCACGAUUAUGUUUGCGGUGAUUCUGACCCAAAUCAUCGGCCGGGUCCAAGCACAAGGUUCUGGGCGGCUGAGACUUGCGGUCCUUUCAGAGGACCGAGUACAGAUGAAGUGGAAGGAGUCUGAGGGACUCAGUAAUGGCUACAAAGUGCUAGUGAAACCCAUCGCAGGGGACCCUGAGCAAGAGGUUAUGCUGAAAACUAAAACCCCCAAGGUAACUGUUGGAGGACUGGACCCAGCGAAGGAAUAUAUUUUGCAGAUUCAUGUGAUUCAGGGGGCAAAAGACUCUUUGAUUGCCAAGAGAAGAUUUAUCAUAGAGGAUUUGAAAACCCAGACCAGAAAUAGUAGGAAGAAACCUGAUGAGGGGACCACUGAGUCCAUGGCCAGUGAUACGGAGCCCACCACGCCUUCAAACAUCAGCUCAGACAGCACAGAGAAGGGAGCUAAGGAGCAGCCUGUACCUUUUGGUACCAGUGGACCCCACGUGUCGGACACAAAGAGGUCUUAUGCCCCACAUGGCACCCUAGCACCCGGACCCUCCUACCGGAGUCCCUCAAAGAUACCGAGAGCAGUUCCGUCAACUCCCAGCACCCCUAGAAAAGCCCCUUCGUAUCACUGUGACACGACGUCUGAGUGGGACGUAAUGUUGCUUGUGGACAGCUCGUGGAGUGUCGGCCGCUCCAAUUUCCGGCUCGUGAAGAACUUCCUUGGAGGGAUACUCGGCCCGUUCCACAUCUCACGCGACAAGAUCAGGAUUGGUUUAUCUCAAUACAGCGGCGAACCCCAGACGGAGUGGGACCUCAAUACGUUUACCACAAAGGCUGAAGUUUUUGAGGGCUUAAAAAGGUUAAAAUACAAAGGAGGGAACACGUUUACAGGUCUGGCUCUAACCCAUGUUCUGGAGGAAAAUCUUCGGGCAGCGUCUGGAGCUCGCUCUCAGGCUGGCAAAGUCCUGAUCCUCCUAACAGAUGGGAAGUCGCAGGAUGACGCCAUAAGAGUGGCCCAAACGCUCAAAGAGGCCGGGAUAUAUAUAUUUGCUAUUGGUGUUAAAAAUGCAGACGAGUCCGAGUUAAGGGAGUUGGCAUCGGAGCCCUUAGACCUGACUGUGCAUAUGGUCCCAGACUUCCCUAUGCUCAGCUCUCUGGUGGGCGAUGUCGCCCGGGCGCUUUGCAUGAGACUGAAGGAGAAAAGAAAGCACCAGGAACUAGCAGCUCCGAAUAAAGGUCUCCAGGAUACCCUGGACCCCCACCCUAGCCCGACACACCUGGUGGUCUCUGACGUGACAGCCAAGAGCAUGCGUCUUUCCUGGACUCACCCGCAGCAGCCUGUCCGCAAAUACCGCAUUGUGUAUUACCCGUCUCGGGGUGGCAACCCCCAAGAGGUGGUGCUGGAUGGCUCAUCCUCAUCGGCCGUCCUUACGAACCUGACUUCACGUACGGAUUACCUCGUGUCCGUCUUCCCGAUCUACAGCAGCGGCGUGGGCUCGGGGCUGCGUGGGAUCACCUCGACUCUGCCCCUCUCUGCGCCCCGCUCCUUGUCCGUGGAUCAAGUAACAGAUACGGCUAUAGACUUGCGCUGGCAGCUGUCUGAAGGGGCCGCACAGUACCUGGUGGUCUACGCGGCAGAAUCUGAACAAGAGGGGCCGGUGAAAGAGGUUAAGGUUGGGGGCACGAGUGCCCACCUGUCCGGUUUGACCCCGAACACCCUGUAUAGUUUGACCGUGUAUGCUGUGUCUGGGAAUGAAACCAGUGACCCUGCCACGCUGCAGCAGAAGACAGAACCCGCCAUCACCCUUUGGAACCUGCACUUCACCGAUGUGAGCCACAAUAGCGUCACCGUGCGCUGGGAGGCAUCGUCCCCUCACCCCGCAGCCCACCGCAUCACCUACACGAGCAGCGCGAGCAGCGGAGAGGUCGAAGUCCCGGGGGACGCUACAUCUGUGACCUUGAAGACCUUGACCUCUGAGACUCGGUACACCGUCGGCGUAACCUGCCUGACGAGCGGAGCAAAGACUUCAGCCUCGCUGACUGGGAACGUUACCACCUCGAAGGUUCCGUCUCCAACCGGUCUGGAAGUGACCGAUGUCUCCGGAGACAGCGCCAGCGCUACAUGGGACCCCGGAGCCAACGAUGUGUCGUCUUAUCUGAUCCGUUGGAUCCCGCUGAACGGAGGAAGACUCAGCCAGAUCUCCGUUUCUGGGUUGGAGCAUAAAGCACUGCUGUCCGGGAUGGUGUACAGCACCGAGUAUCAGGUGUCCAUCUCCGCGCGGUAUGCAGAUGGGGCGCAGAGCGACGCGUUGUCGGUGAGGUAUAGAACAGGUCUACCCCCAGCACGUGGUGGAUUUUCACGGGGCAAGAUGACGGGGACGUGUCCGCAGCUCGAGGCCACGGAUGACGGAGACGCCGCGCUGGGCUACGACAUGAUGGCUGCUUUUGGCCUCAGCGAGAAGUAUUACUCGUCUGUCAGCGGAGUCUCCAUCGACGCCUUUGUACUGGGGAGAGCCAGGAUUUUUACCGUUGCGGAGGACGCCCAGCUGACCAUCUGGACCAGGGAAAUCCAUCCAGACGGGAUCCCAGCGGAGCACACGCUCAGUUUUCUUUUCCGUCUGCCCUCGCCCUCCGCUCAGGAGCCCUUCGCCAUUUGGCAGGUGGUGGAUGAAGAUUUUCAGCCGGUGUUUGGGGUCAUCCUGGACCCAACUAAAAAAGUCUUGACCUAUUUCAACCCCGACUACGAAGGAAUCUUGCAGGAGGUCACCUUUAACCAAGAAGAAGUAGAAAAGUUAUUCUUUGGCAGUUUUCACAAGGUACAGGUGUCCGUAAGCAGCGGGACCAUCCGCCUCUAUGUGGACUGCCUGCGGGUAGCUGAAAGACCCAUCGGGGGCAUGGGACGGGUGACGACCCAGGGGUUUGAGAUUCUGGGGAAACUGACCAAAACCAGAGGACCGAGAAGCGGUUCAGCAGCACUCCAGAUCCAAUCUUUCCAGAUUCUGUGUGGUGGGGAAUGGCCAGAGAAGGACACGUGCUGUGACGUUUUAUCCAAGAGACAUGAAGACACCUGCCCUGCUCCACCCUCGGCCUGCGUUUGCAGCUCAGAAGUGCGAGGGCCGCCCGGGCCCCCAGGACCUCCUGGGCCCUCUGGAGCUCGUGGGCCGAAAGGAGCCCAGGGAGAAACCGGACCCAUGGGUGAACCCGGACUUUCUGGGGCGUGGGGUCCGGAGGGGCUCAGUGGUCACACGGGGUCACCAGGAAAACGUGGACUGACAGUUACCGGACUGAUGGGCCCCCCGGGAAUGAAAGGAGAGAAGGGAGACGUCGGAAGUCCCGGCUUGCAGGGUCUUCCUGGUCCAGAGGGGACGCCAGGAAGAGAUGGACUAGCCGGACCCAAGGGGAUACGGGGUGUAGAGGGACCGUCGGGUCUUCCUGGAAAUCCUGGACCGCGGGGAACACAAGGAAUUCCAGGGGUUAAAGGGGUCCCUGGGGACAGAGGUCCCGUAGGCGACGUGGGGCCAACGGGUCUUCCGGGCACCCGAGGAGAGAAGGGGGAAAAGGGCGAGCCUCAGUCGGUAGCCGGAAUUUAUCAUCUGGUGAAUCAAGUGUGCGAACGACUCAUUCAAGCUCACAUGCUGAAGCUGGACGCAGUCCUUGGUGAGCGAGAGAUGCAUCCCGUUCCAUUACGAGAUACGGAUAGAACGAGAGGGAAGCCUGGGGUCCCUGGGCCACCAGGGCCCCCCGGGGAGAAAGGAGAGCCUGGUAUGAAUGGUGGCCAGGGAGAACCAGGCAGGAGGGGAUAUCCAGGAGAGCGAGGAACAAGUGGACCUAAAGGAGAUAAGGGAGGUCCGGGAUUCAAUCAAGAAGGUCUAACGGGGCCAACAGGAGUACCAGGAGCUCCUGGAAAGGAGAUGUUCGGGAAUCCUGGUCCCUCCGGCUCUCCUGGACGUUCUGGUGUUUCUGGACCUCCUGGGAUCCCUGGUCAGACAGGACCUCCUGGACUACCUGGGACAUGUGAGCCAUUUCCAUGCAAUGUGGCAAAUGCUGGAGGUGAUCCAGAGAUGAUCCCCUGAAAAGCUCUUGAACCCCGACAAGUCU